AAAUCAAGAUGUCCCAGAAGUAACUAAGGUAAGUUCUGAUGAGCAAGAACCAGAGGAUAAUGAAAAGACAUCUGAUAAAGAUCAAGAUGAUUCAGAAAAAGAAGAAUAUACCUCCGAAGAAUAUAUAUCUGAAGAAGAUACUUCCAAAGAAGAUCAGAAAUAA